AAAAUAUUAAUUAAAAUGGGCCCAACAAAAUCACCAAAAGCAGAAGCAAAGAAAACAGUUAAGACUGUUAAAACAAAAAAAUCCACAGAUGACAAGAAGAAGGCAAGAAGAAGACAAGAAACUUUUGCUUUAUAUAUCUACAAAGUCUUGAGAUAAGUUCACCCAGAAAUUGGUGUUUCCAGAAAGGCUAUGAACAUCAUGAAUUCAUUCAUCAACGAUAUUUUCGACAGAAUUGCUCUUGAAGCCAGCAAAUUAGUCAGAUUCAACAAGAGAAGAACCCUCAGUUCAAGGGAAAUCUAAACUGCUGUGAAAUUGUUACUCCCAGGAGAAUUGGCCAGACAUGCCAUCUCAGAAGGAACCAAAGCAGUCACCAAAUAUACAAGUGGAUGAUUUUUUAUUUUUAAUUAA